GAGCAGACAUCAGAUCCUCAGCAACUGCCCACCUAGGCUCUCACGAUGAAAUUCACCGCCGCAACCAUCCUCGCCCAAGGCGCCCUCGCGGCCGCUGCGACCUCGGGCGACUUCACUAUCCUCACUAUGAACGUGGCUGGCCUGCCCGAGGUCCUCAACCCCAAUGGCGUCCCGGGAGGCAAGGAGGCCAGCGCAAAGACGAUCGGGAGCAGGUUUGCGCAGUAUGGGUUUGAUGUAAUUCAUGUGCAGGAGGACUUCAACUACCACGCCGCCCUCUACUCCACCGACACGCACCCCUACCGUACCCCGACCUCAGGCGGCGUCCCCUUCGGCUCCGGCCUCAACACCCUCUCCAACUUUCCCUGGCUGUCUGGCUCCUUCCAGCGUCAAAAAUGGGCCAAGUCCUCAUGCGCCUCGGAAUUCGACUGCCUGACUCCCAAGGGAUUCACCUUUAUGCGCGUCGCCCUUUCCUCUGACGCCACCGACGCUGUCUACGUAGACUUUUACAACAUGCACACCGACGCCGGCACCGAGACGGCCGAUCUUGAAGCUCGCAACGAUAACCUCCGGCAGGUGGGCGAGUGGAUCCAGACGCACAGUCAAGGAAACGCCGUGUUGGUAUUUGGCGAUACCAACUCGCGGUAUUCACGGUCGGGAGACACGGGGAUCCGGUCCUUGCUGGCGUCGGAGAACCCUACGGGGGCUGCAGGACUACAAGAUAUCUGGGUUGAACUCCAUCGUAAUGGAGUUGUUCCGAACGAUGCGGGCGUGUGUGGGAACCCGGCUGAGGACGCGGCUUGUGAGAUUGUGGAUAAGGUUCUUUACCGGAGUAGUCCCCUGGUACAACUCACACCGACGGCAUUGGAGUACGCUAGUCCCAGGUUCUUGGCGGACGACGGAGUCAGUGUCUUGUCGGAUCACAAUCCCGUGCUGGUCAACUUGACUUGGUCGGCUGCCGACCGCCGGUUCCGACAAAGCGGGUUCUGGGGCGGAGCGGCGUAUGGGACGUGGUUCAAUGAUGUUUCUGUCCUUGAUUCUACUACGGGAUCGAUUAAGGCGCAGAAGAUCACUUUUCGCGGUGAAAACCGUCUUGAUAGUGUUGGUCUUACGGUCUCAUCGUCAAGUGGCCAGGGAACCACAGAGUUAGUACAUGGUGGACAGGGAGGGUCCGAGGUGUCGCUGACGCUGGCUGAUGGGGAGUCCUGGGUCAAGUCCGAGCUGUGCCAGGGUCAGAAGAGUGACAAGACACGCAACUUCUACAUCAAGGCUACUACGUCCAAGGGAAGGACGCUGGAGGCGGGCACCAGGACGAGCGACUGCAAGGUGUUUGAGGCAGAGGAGGGGUGGCAGGUUGUGGGGUUCUUGGGGGAGAGCGGGGAUGAGGUUGAUUUGCUUGGUUUCAUCUAUGGCAAGAUCUAGAUGGUAUUGAUUCGAGUGGUGAAAGCGGAUUGGUGGUGUAGUGGGUGUGGUUGUUACGACAAAUAGCCGGACUGAUGAUGGCCAGAGUGUAGAAUUGGAAAGCUGCGACUGCGCCACUGAGUGUUUGAGACAGCGUUUUUAACAACUAUCUACGAAGAGAGGGGCAAGAAAGGAAACAAAAAAGUGAAGAUAAAAAUAAGCAUCCUACUUGGUGCGCGCGGGGGACCGAAGACCGGAGACGGGAGCUGUGCCGGAACGAUGCCCCGUGGGGUGGAGUAAGCUAUCACCGUUUGCCCCGGAACUACCUGAUCCUUUGUGAUUCGUAAAAGUCGGUAUAUACCUAA